UUCCCAGUUGCGGACAUCAAACGCACAUUAGACGCCAUGUCCUGGGUCAAGAUGAACACCCUGCACUGGCACGUUGUCGAUUCCCAAUCCUUCCCUCUAGUCAUCCCCGGAUUCGAAGCAUUAUCAGAAAAAGGCGCAUAUAAUCCCGCGUCUGUAUAUACCCCAAAAGACGUGCAAGAUAUCGUCGCGUACGCAGCAGCGCGCGGAAUAGACGUGAUGGCUGAAAUUGAUACCCCAGGUCACACCUCCGUCAUAUCCAAAGCGUUCCCCGAACACAUUGCUUGCGCAGAAGCAACCCCAUGGAGCCUGUUUGCAAACGAACCCCCUGCUGGCCAACUCCGCCUAGCCUCCCCUUCAACAAUAAGCUUCACCGCAAAUCUUAUUUCCGCAGCUGCGUCCAUGUUCCCUUCCAAGUUCUUCAGCACGGGCGGGGACGAAAUCAACCCAAACUGUUACGCGAAGGAUGCUUCGACGCAGAAUGAUCUUUCAUCACAGGGAAAAACAUUCGAGGAAGCGCUGGAUACGUUCACGCAAGCUACCCAUGCCUCUGUACACGCUGCUGGGAAGAGGGCUGUAGUUUGGGAGGAGAUGGUGCUUGCGCAUAAUGUGACGCUUCGGAGUGAUACCGCCGUCAUGGUAUGGAUUUCAUCAGCCAACGUCGCGGCAGUCGCACAGAAGGGGUUCAAGAUCAUCCACGCCGCUUCUGAUUACUUUUACUUGGACUGUGGGCAUGGUGGGUGGGUGGGUGAUAACGUUAAUGGGAAUAGCUGGUGUGAUCCUUUCAAGACUUGGCAAAAGUCAUACUCGUUCGAUCCUGCUGCAGGCUUGACGGAUACGCAGAAGGGGCUCGUGUUGGGAGGUCAACACCUCUUAUGGACCGAACAAUCCAAUCCCUCCAACCUCGACAGCAUAGUCUGGCCACGCGCAGCUUCGUCUGCUGAGCUCUUCUGGACUGGGCCAGGAGGUGACGUUUCCAAAGCGCUUCCUAGGCUUCAUGACGUCGCGUACCGCUUUAUUCGACGUGGUGUUCGUGCGAUUGUGUUGCAGCCCGAGUGGUGUGCUUUGAGAGCUGGGGCUUGUGAUUUGUUUGCAUGAGAACGGAGUGGCCAGUUGCUAUAUGUAUUGCGUAGAUUACUUGUUGGAUCACUUGAAAUCAAAUGCAAGUUGGACGUUGGUCUGUAAAAUUUAUGAAAAUAACCAAGUGUUCAAUUGUUCUUGUCAAACUUGGCCGCCUGAAAGCCCUAUGUAAGGAAGGUAAUGUAACUACUAGGGAACUGUAAAGUAGGCACUUUCAGGGACAGGUGAAAGAUAGUAUUUUGG